AUGGCGAAUAAGUUUGGAUUAGGUUCUUUAUCUUUAGAAACUACAAAACCUAACACAACAGCGUGGAUAAAUAAAGCAAAACCUUACUUCCUGGAUCAAAUCGGAGACAUUCUUCAAGGUGAUUUAGAUAUGAACAAUUUUAGCAUAACUAAUUUAAAGUCUCCGGAAAACGAUAAUGAUGCCAUUCACAAGAAAUAUUUAAUGGAACAAUUAAAUUUAAUUGAAGUAAAUAAAGAACAUUUAAAAGAAAGAAUAAAUGAUGUGAAAAGAUUCUUCAAACGACAAAUGAAUAAUAAAGAUUUUAUUGAUGAUACUAAACUACAACAAGAAGUAACAAGUUUGAAAAGUUUUAUUCAAAAAGAAUUAGUCAAUGUAGUAGAUAAAACUCAGUUACAAACUUUAAGUUCAUUAAUAUCUAAUUUAGAUGAUAAGAUUAAAAAGCAAAAAAAAAGAUCUUAA